CAAUCGCGAGGAUGUUUGUCGAAGUGAUUAUUGCCGGUGUCGUACUACUGUACGGCUUGCUGUACUAUCAUUUCCGCUACUGGAAACGUCGCGGAAUUCCGCAGCUAAGUCCCUCGAUACCGUUCGGAGAUAUCGGGCCCGUGUUCCGGCAGAAGCAAUAUCUGGGAGAAACGUACGCAACGCUGUACCACAAAAGCAAGCAGUUCUUGGUGGCCGGAAUCUACCUCUCGCUCCGACCGGUGCUGCUCGUGAACGAUCCGCACCUAAUCAAGGACAUCCUGGUGCGGGACUUUGAUCACUUCUACAGCCGGGGAGUGUACGCCGACGAGAAACGUGACCCGAUGAGUGCGCACCUGUUUUCGAUAUCCGGCGAACAGUGGAAGAAUCUCCGGCAGAAGUUGAAUCCGGCGUUCAGUCCGGUGCGACUGCGUGGGAUGCUGCCGAUAUUGACGGACGUUGGACGAACGCUGCAGGAGUACAUUGGGAAGUGCGCGGAAGCCGGAGAAGUGGUCGAGGUUCGCGAAGUCAUGGGUCGUUACACUACCGACGUGAUAGCGUCCGUAGCUUUUGGCUUGGAGGUGGAUUCGAUCAACGAUGGAAGUAAUACGUUUAGGCAGAUGGGUCUGAAGGUGUUUGGUAAUGAUUUGAAGAAUUCGCUACGCUUGGCGUGUACAUUCUUUGUACCGGAAUUCAAAGAACUGCUGGGAAUCAAUUGUGCCGCGCCGGAAGUGGAGCAAUUUGUACGUGACGUGGUCCGCGAGACGAUUGAGUACAGAGAGAGCAACAACGUAUCCCGAAAAGAUUUGAUGCAACUGUUGCUGCAGCUUCGAAACUCCGGAAUGGUAUCGUCCGAUGGAAAGUGGGAUUUGAAGGUAUCCGAUGGCGCCAAGUCCUUCUCGCUGGAACAAAUAAUGGCAAACACAUUCGCGUUUUUCUUCGCUGGCUACGAAACGUCGUCCUCUGCCAUAUCGUUCACUUUGUACGAACUGGCGAAGAAUCCUGCAAUUCAACGGAAGGUCCAGCAAGAAAUCGAUUCAGUACUAGCAAACAACUCAGCUGAUCUCACGAUCGAAACCCUAGCAAAAAUGCGCUACCUUGAAUGCUGUAUCAACGAGCUUUACCGGAAGUUCCCCCCGGUCCCGUUCCUGAACCGAGCGUGCACCAAGGAGUACGUGAUUCCCGGAACGAACACCGUCAUCGCGCGGGGAACCCCCAUCAUAAUCUCCCUGCUUGGACUCGGGCGCGAUCCGCAGUACUACCCGGAGCCGGAACGCUUCAUUCCGGAGCGAUUCGAGAACGAAACGGAGAUGCAAACGCUUCCGUUUCAUCCCUUCGGCGGUGGACCGCGGACCUGCAUCGCCGGCAAGCUGGGACAACUGCAGACGAAGCUGGCGCUGGCUAUGCUGCUUGCAAAGUUCGACAUGAAACUUGCCAACGAGGAUGAGGGCGAGAUUCGUUUUGAUCCGAAGGCGCUAACGUUGAUUCCGAUUGGCGGGUUGAAGUUGGUGUUUACGAAAAGAACUUAAAAAAGAGGAGGACAAUAAAAGAUACCGUAAAAA